AUGCAAUACAAAUCGGUCACCGGUUCCGACGUUAAGGCUCCCACCGUGCCUGUGUGGCUUGACUGCGAUCCAGGCAACGACGACGCGUUUGCAAUUCUUCUUGCUGCUGUCCAUCCAAACUUCCGCCUUUUGGGUAUCUCCACAGUUCAUGGAAAUGCGUCUUUGGACAAAACAACCACCAACGCGUUGGCCUUGCUUGAGCUUAUGGCCUUCAAGCAGGACGAAAUCAAAGUCUACGCUGGUGCCGCUAGGCCGCUUGUGUGUGAACCCCAGCAUGCUCCAGAGGUCCAUGGAGAGUGUGGUCUUGGAGGUGCUGGAUUGGCUCCUCCUACGUUGAAGGCUUCCGAGGAUAAGGGCUAUUUGGAGGCCAUGAGGGACGCCAUUUUGGAAAACAAGGGCGAAAUUGUCCUUGUGGUGACCGGCGCCAUGACAAACUACCACCAGCUUGUGGAAAAGUACCCUGAGGUGAAGCAGCACAUUCGUUAUGUUUCCAUCAUGGGCGGCUCUGUCCAUUGCGGUAACGUGACGCAGUACGCCGAAUUCAACAUGUACUGUGACCCGCACGCCGCUGCCUCUGUGUUGGAGGAUGCCGAAUUGUCCGACAAGACCGUCUUGAGCAGUUUGAACAUCACCCACACUGUGUUGGCCACGGACCGCGUGAUCAAGGCCCUCUACGACGCCAACGGACCCAACAACUCGAGAAUCCGCAAGUGCUACUACAACCUCAUCAACUUCUACUACGAGUCGUACAUCAGACGUUUUGGCAAAAUCAAGGGUCCUGCUGUGCACGACCCAUUGGCCAUGUUUUUGGCCUUGACCAUGGCUGCCAGAGACAGCGACGAAUAUAGAGACUUCCACGAUGCCUGUGACUUUAAUUUUUACAAGAGAAAGACCAAGGUGACCAUAGACGGAGAGCGCAGAGGAGAGACUGUUUUGACGAACGGCGACAUGGACCCAUUGAAGAAGGAGAAGGGUGGUGCUUACUUUGGCCAGUCGGUGAACAUGCACUUGUUCUGGCACUACAUGUUGCGUGCGUUGGAACUUGCCGAUGAACAGAUUGCCGCUCGUUCUUAG